AUCCCUGCAAUUCAAACUGCAUCUCUUCAUCAUUCAAUCUUUGAAAUAAAUCAAAUCAAAUUGCUCAAAUAUUAUUAUUGGGUACUUGGGCGGGACAUAGGCGAACUCGAAUAGGCUCAGAUUUUGAAAUUCGCUACUCGCUAAUGGCAGAUUCCACCGAAGAACUCGAACCCUUGUUUGAUUAUAGACGCGUCCAGCCUCAUAAUUUCGUUUGUAUCGAUGAUGAUGAUGGUUCUGAUACUUCCUCGGUUAACUCUCCAAAACGAAGGAAGAUUUGUCAGAAUCCAAAAUCCAUCGUUAAAGAGGUUGAUGAUGAUGUACAAGUGUUAGAAAUUGUGAAUGGUAAAGAAAAGGAUGAGGAGGAUUGGCUCCCUCCUCCGCCCAAGGUUCUCCAAAACCAGCUUGGUGAGAACUCCACUAUUAAGGAGUUGAGGUUGAAAAAACAGGAGCUAGAGUCACUUGCUAAAUCAGGUGUGGCUGUGUUGCGAGCUGUGGAAGAGUCUGUGAAAAGAGAACUUAGUAGUUCACUGAAUGUCUCUGAGAAACUAGCAAAGCCUCCUUGUGAAAGAGCUAAAAUCAUAAUUACGAUUCAAGACAAGAAGGAAGGAAAACAGUUUCGAGUGUAUAAGGAUGACAAGUUUGAGCGGCUGUUCAAGAUGUAUGCGGAUAAAGUUAAGCUUAAUAUUCAAAGCUUAGUGUUUUCCUUUGAUGGGGACAAAGUCAGUCCAACAGCAACCCCUGAUAGCCUUGGCAUGGAGGAUGAUGACAUUAUUGAAGUGGAUGUAAAGAAAAGCUAAAUGAGGUACAUCACUUUCUAGCAGUUAAGCUGUUAAAAAUUCUACAGCUUUUUUAUCAAAUUUUUGAUUUGACUAAAGUGCUAAAAUGUGACUUAAUGUUACUUGUGAGAGCUAGACUUGCCUGCAUGUUUAACCUCUCAAGAGUUUUUGAGCUUUGACUGAUAGCUUUUUCACUUUUGGGCCUUAAAUGUACAGUGUAUUGCAAAAUUUGAAGUUGUUUUCAGGCUCUUGUGCGUCUAAGUAAGCUUAGGAACAGUUUAAUCAUGGAAAUUGUUAAUGGAGGACAAGAGGCAAACCCACAUGUAGAUGUGAUUUCUUGUACCUAAUUUGGAAAAGGACCAUUAGCUAAAUGCUUUCUUUGCAAUAUGGACAUUUGCAUUAAUUAUUUUUGGAGAUGAGAUUAUAUAUUUGCAUAUUUGAGUC